CGGUGCUGCGCGGGCGCGUUGGUUCAAACGCGAUGGCGGCUGAGGCGGCUCAGGGCUGAGGGGGAGGGAUCUCUGCCCGGCCCCCUCGCUCUCCCGCUACUACCUUGGCAGGAUGUCUGCACACAGGAGAGACCCCGGCACCGCGGCGGCGGGCGGACAAGCGCCUGUAGCUAAGCGGAAAGGAGGAAGAACGGUGCAGUCUCGUUACCUGCAGUACGAUAAGAAGAACACCGAGAAGGGUGCUUCAGCAAGUUCCUCUUCAUUGUGUGCUGCCCCACCAUCUUCUGCAGCUAAACCAAAAUCAGUUCUUUCUCAGAAACAUGAAACUUCUGUUGGUGUUGGCCAUAGCUUAAGUCAGAGUAUCUUUGAGAAUGGUGACUUGCAGUCCACCUUAUUAGAUGAAGAAAAAAUUAAAAGACCGGACCUUGAUCUCUCAGCUAUUAAUGAUAAAACUGUCCGCAAGAAGAGUGAUUGUUCAGAAUCAGCUGAAGAAGGAGAUGCAUGGACACAGACAGAGAAAACUGGAGCAGAAACUGAUUCCAGUGAUUCAAUGACAGAGCUGGAAUCUGAGACACUACUUUUAACUUACUUAAGAAUAGAGACAGGAAAAAAUCUUGCCAAGCUGGAGGAAAAAGCAGAAAAAAACUUGAUGAUGUUGUCUGAAGAAAAGCAGAGACAACAGGAGAAGCUCUUGGAGUUGAAACGUGAAAUUCUGCUUAAAGAGAGAGAGCAGAAGCUCAGUGAAGCAUUAGACAAACAGAUUGAAGUGCUGUCUCCCCUCGUUCCUGUCUGUGAACAGUUUCAAAAGCAAUAUAAAAGCUUUGCAGCUUCCCUGGAUGCCACUAGACAUGAAUUACCCAUAAAGAACAUUCACAUAGAAGGAGAUAAGCAAACAUAUCUUGAUGAACUGGGAAAGCAAUUAAAGAUCACACGGGAGCUUCUGACAGAAAUUAUGCCAAGCCACUCAGAAGACUGUGCAAAAGCACUUACUGCACUGAAAGAGCUUAAAGAAGUGUCUCAGAAACUGGAUAAAGAGCUUCAAAGGAGCUUCAGAGAAGUGCAGAACCUGUCGUUUGAAGUCAGUAAAGAAGUUUCUCUGCAUAACCAAAGUGCAUGUGAAGAGAAGCACGGGCUAGAUGUUGUGAAACGCUGGUAUUUCAACUAAGUUUCUGUAUAGUUUUACUGCUGGGCUAAUGAGAACUUAUUGGAUUACUGCAGUCUUCCCUGCCUCAGAGUAAAUACCACUUUGUUGGAGAUCCGGAAAUUCAUCCUGAAUAUGAUAAACAAACUGCUGACUGGGCUGGGACUGCCAGGACAUGAAAAGAGUUCCAGAGCGGCAGAAGAUCUAAUAGCUCUGAAAUGCACCACUGAGCCACACCAAUUAAGAGCAUUUCCAGUGAUUAAGUGAACGUUCCUGCUCAACUCAGGAAUGGUUUUGAGUUGUUUCUUCCACUGCAUUUGUGUGUGGCCUGCAAAGCAAGCACAAGAGAUGCCUGUUUUCCUGGAAGAAGGAUCAGUCUGGUUUCCACCGCUGUGGACUGAUGCAUUCUCUGUUAAGCCUUCACCCUGGGGAGCUUCCAAGAGUGUGGCAAAGCCUGGGACAUUUGUUUUGCAGUUAUCGGUUUCUGUAUUUGCUAUCUGUUUGGCUGUCCCAGAAACACAAAGGGAGAACUAAACUGGGAGUUAAAGAAUGAGUGUGGCUUUUUUACCAUGAAUAUAAUACUAUAAAAUUAAUUAAGGCCUUAUUCUUGUCUGGUGCUAUGUAAUGACUGAGACAAACGUUUUUCCAUUGGGGAGUGGGGACAAAUGAUUCUGGAAACUGAGGACUUGUUCUUUAUUUCUCGCCCACCUUCUACUGAAAUCUAGUGCUUACAGGACUUAACACAAAGCUGAAUAAGUAAUAGCCUUGGGUUUAGUACAGUAUCUUUUCUGUGCACAAUUUACAUAUAUACUCUCAAAAUCUUUAAAUAAGUGAGUAUUACCUUUUAUAGAUCUGAUCUGAUCAUCUACGUGACAGGUUGGUGACAGCAGUUAUGCUGAGGCAAUUAACAAGGGCUAAUUAUUAAUGGGGUGGUCCUACCACUUGAUUCUUGGGAGUAAUCUCACUGAUUUGAAUUUUGCAGUUGGAGGGGGGAUCCAAAAGGAUUCACAGCACUCAAAAAUUAACAUUUUUUGUUUGACAAAUAGCUGUCGGAUAAUUUUCACAUUGCAUAGUUUAUUUAUGAGGUAGAUGGGACAUCAGGGUGAUAAUUUCUUCUGUAGAGAAGUGACAAGAUUGUACAAGGGGUCAGGAUGUAAAUUAGAUCUAGUCAGAACCCAUAUAGGUGUAUUCACACCUUCUUCUCUUAACUGCUGUCCCUCCCUCACCUUUCUGACACCAGUAUGGCCCCACAUGUUUUCAAGUGCCUGAGAUUCCUCAAACUUCAUGAGGAGCAGAAUUACGCAUUCAGUAAACGAACAAAAAUCCUAGCUAUGCACAGUGGGUGAAUAUGACCCAUG